AUGGACGUGGACGUGGACGUGGACGUGGACGUGGACGUGGACGUGGACGUGGACGUGGACGUGGACGUGGACGUGGACGUGGACGUGGACGUGGACGUGGACGUGGACGUGGACGUGGACGUGGACGUGGACGUGGACGUGGACGUGGACGUGGACGUGGACGUGGACGUGGACGUGGACGUGGACGUGGACGUGGACGUGGACGUGGACGUGGACGUGGACGUGGACGUGGACGUGGACGUGGACGUGGACGUGGACGUGGACGUGGACGUGGACGUGGACGUGGACGUGGACGUGGACGUGGACGUGGACGUGGACGUGGACGUGGACGUGGACGUGGACGUGGACGUGGACGUGGACGUGGACGUGGACGUGGACGUGGACGUGGACGUGGACGUGGUGGACGUGGACGUGGACGUGGACGUGGACGUGGACGUGGACGUGGACGUGGACGUGGACGUGGACGUGGACGUGGACGUGGACGUGGACGUGGACGUGGACGUGGACGUGGACGUGGACGUGGACGUGGACGUGGACGUGGACGUGGACGUGGACGUGGACGUGGACGUGGACGUGGACGUGGACGUGGACGUGGACGUGGACGUGGACGUGGACGUGGACGUGGACGUGGACGUGGACGUGGACGUGGACGUGGACGUGGACGUGGACGUGGACGUGGACGUGGACGUGGACGUGGACGUGGACGUGGACGUGGACGUGGACGUGGACGUGGACGUGGACGUGGACGUGGACGUGGACGUGGACGUGGACGUGGACGUGGACGUGGACGUGGACGUGGACGUGGACGUGGACGUGGACGUGGACGUGGACGUGGACGUGGACGUGGACGUGGACGUGGACGUGGACGUGGACGUGGACGUGGACGUGGACGUGGACGUGGACGUGGACGUGGACGUGGACGUGGACGUGGACGUGGACGUGGACGUGGACGUGGACGUGGACGUGGACGUGGACGUGGACGUGGACGUGGACGUGGACGUGGACGUGGACGUGGACGUGGACGUGGACGUGGACGUGGACGUGGACGUGGACGUGGACGUGGACGUGGACGUGGACGUGGACGUGGACGUGGACGUGGACGUGGACGUGGACGUGGACGUGGACGUGGACGUGGACGUGGACGUGGACGUGGACGUGGACGUGGACGUGGACGUGGACGUGGACGUGGACGUGGACGUGGACGUGGACGUGGACGUGGACGUGGACGUGGACGUGGACGUGGACGUGGACGUGGACGUGGACGUGGACGUGGACGUGGACGUGGACGUGGACGUGGACGUGGACGUGGACGUGGACGUGGACGUGGACGUGGACGUGGACGUGGACGUGGACGUGGACGUGGACGUGGACGUGGACGUGGACGUGGACGUGGACGUGGACGUGGACGUGGACGUGGACGUGGACGUGGACGUGGACGUGGACGUGGACGUGGACGUGGACGUGGACGUGGACGUGGACGUGGACGUGGACGUGGACGUGGACGUGGACGUGGACGUGGACGUGGACGUGGACGUGGACGUGGACGUGGACGUGGACGUGGACGUGGACGUGGACGUGGACGUGGACGUGGACGUGGACGUGGACGUGGACGUGGACGUGGACGUGGACGUGGACGUGGACGUGGACGUGGACGUGGACGUGGACGUGGACGUGGACGUGGACGUGGACGUGGACGUGGACGUGGACGUGGACGUGGACGUGGACGUGGACGUGGACGUGGACGUGGACGUGGACGUGGACGUGGACGUGGACGUGGACGUGGACGUGGACGUGGACGUGGACGUGGACGUGGACGUGGACGUGGACGUGGACGUGGACGUGGACGUGGACGUGGACGUGGACGUGGACGUGGACGUGGACGUGGACGUGGACGUGGACGUGGACGUGGACGUGGACGUGGACGUGGACGUGGACGUGGACGUGGACGUGGACGUGGACGUGGACGUGGACGUGGACGUGGACGUGGACGUGGACGUGGACGUGGACGUGGACGUGGACGUGGACGUGGACGUGGACGUGGACGUGGACGUGGACGUGGACGUGGACGUGGACGUGGACGUGGACGUGGACGUGGACGUGGACGUGGACGUGGACGUGGACGUGGACGUGGACGUGGACGUGGACGUGGACGUGGACGUGGACGUGGACGUGGACGUGGACGUGGACGUGGACGUGGACGUGGACGUGGACGUGGACGUGGACGUGGACGUGGACGUGGACGUGGACGUGGACGUGGACGUGGACGUGGACGUGGACGUGGACGUGGACGUGGACGUGGACGUGGACGUGGACGUGGACGUGGACGUGGACGUGGACGUGGACGUGGACGUGGACGUGGACGUGGACGUGGACGUGGACGUGGACGUGGACGUGGACGUGGACGUGGACGUGGACGUGGACGUGGACGUGGACGUGGACGUGGACGUGGACGUGGACGUGGACGUGGACGUGGACGUGGACGUGGACGUGGACGUGGACGUGGACGUGGACGUGGACGUGGACGUGGACGUGGACGUGGACGUGGACGUGGACGUGGACGUGGACGUGGACGUGGACGUGGACGUGGACGUGGACGUGGACGUGGACGUGGACGUGGACGUGGACGUGGACGUGGACGUGGACGUGGACGUGGACGUGGACGUGGACGUGGACGUGGACGUGGACGUGGACGUGGACGUGGACGUGGACGUGGACGUGGACGUGGACGUGGACGUGGACGUGGACGUGGACGUGGACGUGGACGUGGACGUGGACGUGGACGUGGACGUGGACGUGGACGUGGACGUGGACGUGGACGUGGACGUGGACGUGGACGUGGACGUGGACGUGGACGUGGACGUGGACGUGGACGUGGACGUGGACGUGGACGUGGACGUGGACGUGGACGUGGACGUGGACGUGGACGUGGACGUGGACGUGGACGUGGACGUGGACGUGGACGUGGACGUGGACGUGGACGUGGACGUGGACGUGGACGUGGACGUGGACGUGGACGUGGACGUGGACGUGGACGUGGACGUGGACGUGGACGUGGACGUGGACGUGGACGUGGACGUGGACGUGGACGUGGACGUGGACGUGGACGUGGACGUGGACGUGGACGUGGACGUGGACGUGGACGUGGACGUGGACGUGGACGUGGACGUGGACGUGGACGUGGACGUGGACGUGGACGUGGACGUGGACGUGGACGUGGACGUGGACGUGGACGUGGACGUGGACGUGGACGUGGACGUGGACGUGGACGUGGACGUGGACGUGGACGUGGACGUGGACGUGGACGUGGACGUGGACGUGGACGUGGACGUGGACGUGGACGUGGACGUGGACGUGGACGUGGACGUGGACGUGGACGUGGACGUGGACGUGGACGUGGACGUGGACGUGGACGUGGACGUGGACGUGGACGUGGACGUGGACGUGGACGUGGACGUGGACGUGGACGUGGACGUGGACGUGGACGUGGACGUGGACGUGGACGUGGACGUGGACGUGGACGUGGACGUGGACGUGGACGUGGACGUGGACGUGGACGUGGACGUGGACGUGGACGUGGACGUGGACGUGGACGUGGACGUGGACGUGGACGUGGACGUGGACGUGGACGUGGACGUGGACGUGGACGUGGACGUGGACGUGGACGUGGACGUGGACGUGGACGUGGACGUGGACGUGGACGUGGACGUGGACGUGGACGUGGACGUGGACGUGGACGUGGACGUGGACGUGGACGUGGACGUGGACGUGGACGUGGACGUGGACGUGGACGUGGACGUGGACGUGGACGUGGACGUGGACGUGGACGUGGACGUGGACGUGGACGUGGACGUGGACGUGGACGUGGACGUGGACGUGGACGUGGACGUGGACGUGGACGUGGACGUGGACGUGGACGUGGACGUGGACGUGGACGUGGACGUGGACGUGGACGUGGACGUGGACGUGGACGUGGACGUGGACGUGGACGUGGACGUGGACGUGGACGUGGACGUGGACGUGGACGUGGACGUGGACGUGGACGUGGACGUGGACGUGGACGUGGACGUGGACGUGGACGUGGACGUGGACGUGGACGUGGACGUGGACGUGGACGUGGACGUGGACGUGGACGUGGACGUGGACGUGGACGUGGACGUGGACGUGGACGUGGACGUGGACGUGGACGUGGACGUGGACGUGGACGUGGACGUGGACGUGGACGUGGACGUGGACGUGGACGUGGACGUGGACGUGGACGUGGACGUGGACGUGGACGUGGACGUGGACGUGACGUGGACGUGGACGUGGACGUGGACGUGGACGUGGACGUGGACGUGGACGUGGACGUGGACGUGGACGUGGACGUGGACGUGGACGUGGACGUGGACGUGGACGUGGACGUGGACGUGGACGUGGACGUGGACGUGGACGUGGACGUGGACGUGGACGUGGACGUGGACGUGGACGUGGACGUGGACGUGGACGUGGACGUGGACGUGGACGUGGACGUGGACGUGGACGUGGACGUGGACGUGGACGUGGACGUGGACGUGGACGUGGACGUGGACGUGGACGUGGACGUGGACGUGGACGUGGACGUGGACGUGGACGUGGACGUGGACGUGGACGUGGACGUGGACGUGGACGUGGACGUGGACGUGGACGUGGACGUGGACGUGGACGUGGACGUGGACGUGGACGUGGACGUGGACGUGGACGUGGACGUGGACGUGGACGUGGACGUGGACGUGGACGUGGACGUGGACGUGGACGUGGACGUGGACGUGGACGUGGACGUGGACGUGGACGUGGACGUGGACGUGGACGUGGACGUGGACGUGGACGUGGACGUGGACGUGGACGUGGACGUGGACGUGGACGUGGACGUGGACGUGGACGUGGACGUGGACGUGGACGUGGACGUGGACGUGGACGUGGACGUGGACGUGGACGUGGACGUGGACGUGGACGUGGACGUGGACGUGGACGUGGACGUGGACGUGGACGUGGACGUGGACGUGGACGUGGACGUGGACGUGGACGUGGACGUGGACGUGGACGUGGACGUGGACGUGGACGUGGACGUGGACGUGGACGUGGACGUGGACGUGGACGUGGACGUGGACGUGGACGUGGACGUGGACGUGGACGUGGACGUGGACGUGGACGUGGACGUGGACGUGGACGUGGACGUGGACGUGGACGUGGACGUGGACGUGGACGUGGACGUGGACGUGGACGUGGACGACGUGGACGUGGACGUGGACGUGGACGUGGACGUGGACGUGGACGUGGACGUGGACGUGGACGUGGACGUGGACGUGGACGUGGACGUGGACGUGGACGUGGACGUGGACGUGGACGUGGACGUGGGGACGUGGACGACGUGGACGUGGACGUGGACGUGGACGUGGACGUGGACGUGGACGUGGACGUGGACGUGGACGUGGACGUGGACGUGGACGUGGACGUGGACGUGGACGUGGACGUGGACGUGGACGUGGACGUGGACGUGGACGUGGACGUGGACGUGGACGUGGACGUGGACGUGGACGUGGACGUGGACGUGGACGUGGACGUGGACGUGGACGUGGACGUGGACGUGGACGUGGACGUGGACGUGGACGUGGACGUGGACGUGGACGUGGACGUGGACGUGGACGUGGACGUGGACGUGGACGUGGACGUGGACGUGGACGUGGACGGACGUGGACGUGGACGUGGACGUGGACGUGGACGUGGACGUGGACGUGGACGUGGACGUGGACGUGGACGUGGACGUGGACGUGGACGUGGACGUGGACGUGGACGUGGACGUGGACGUGGACGUGGACGUGGACGUGGACGUGGACGUGGACGUGGACGUGGACGUGGACGUGGACGUGGACGUGGACGUGGACGUGGACGUGGACGUGGACGUGGACGUGGACGUGGACGUGGACGUGGACGUGGACGUGGACGUGGACGUGGACGUGGACGUGGACGUGGACGUGGACGUGGACGUGGACGUGGACGUGGACGUGGACGUGGACGUGGACGUGGACGUGGACGUGGACGUGGACGUGGACGUGGACGUGGACGUGGACGUGGACGUGGACGUGGACGUGGACGUGGACGUGGACGUGGACGUGGACGUGGACGUGGACGUGGACGGACGUGGACGUGGACGUGGACGUGGACGUGGACGUGGACGUGGACGUGGACGUGGACGUGGACGUGGACGUGGACGUGGACGUGGACGUGGACGUGGACGUGGACGUGGACGUGGACGUGGACGUGGACGUGGACGUGGACGUGGACGUGGACGUGGACGUGGACGUGGACGUGGACGUGGACGUGGACGUGGACGUGGACGUGGACGUGGACGUGGACGUGGACGUGGACGUGGACGUGGACGUGGACGUGGACGUGGACGUGGACGUGGACGUGGACGUGGACGUGGACGUGGACGUGGACGUGGACGUGGACGUGGACGUGGACGUGGACGUGGACGUGGACGUGGACGUGGACGUGGACGUGGACGUGGACGUGGACGUGGACGUGGACGUGGACAUGGACGUGGACGUGGACGUGGACGUGGACGUGGACGUGGACGUGGACGUGGACGUGGACGUGGACGUGGACGUGGACGUGGACGUGGACGUGGACGUGGACGUGGACGUGGACGUGGACGUGGACGUGGACGUGGACGUGGACGUGGACGUGGACGUGGACGUGGACGUGGACGUGGACGUGGACGUGGACGUGGACGUGGACGUGGACGUGGACGUGGACGUGGACGUGGACGUGGACGUGGACGUGGACGUGGACGUGGACGUGGACGUGGACGUGGACGUGGACGUGGACGUGGACGUGGACGUGGACGUGGACGUGGACGUGGACGUGGACGUGGACGUGGACGUGGACGUGGACGUGGACGUGGACGUGGACGUGGACGUGGACGUGGACGUGGACGUGGACGUGGACGUGGACGUGGACGUGGACGUGGACGUGGACGUGGACGUGGACGUGGACGUGGACGUGGACGUGGACGUGGACGUGGACGUGGACGUGGACGUGGACGUGGACGUGGACGUGGACGUGGACGUGGACGUGGACGUGGACGUGGACGUGGACGUGGACGUGGACGUGGACGUGGACGUGGACGUGGACGUGGACGUGGACGUGGACGUGGACGUGGACGUGGACGUGGACGUGGACGUGGACGUGGACGUGGACGUGGACGUGGACGUGGACGUGGACGUGGACGUGGACGUGGACGUGGACGUGGACGUGGACGUGGACGUGGACGUGGACGUGGACGUGGACGUGGACGUGGACGUGGACGUGGACGUGGACGUGGACGUGGACGUGGACGUGGACGUGGACGUGGACGUGGACGUGGACGUGGACGUGGACGUGGACGUGGACGUGGACGUGGACGUGGACGUGGACGUGGACGUGGACGUGGACGUGGACGUGGACGUGGACGUGGACGUGGACGUGGACGUGGACGUGGACGUGGACGUGGACGUGGACGUGGACGUGGACGUGGACGUGGACGUGGACGUGGACGUGGACGUGGACGUGGACGUGGACGUGGACGUGGACGUGGACGUGGACGUGGACGUGGACGUGGACGUGGACGUGGACGUGGACGUGGACGUGGACGUGGACGUGGACGUGGACGUGGACGUGGACGGACGUGGACGUGGACGUGGACGUGGACGUGGACGUGGACGUGGACGUGGACGUGGACGUGGACGUGGACGUGGACGUGGACGUGGACGUGGACGUGGACGUGGACGUGGACGUGGACGUGGACGUGGACGUGGACGUGGACGUGGACGUGGACGUGGACGUGGACGUGGACGUGGACGUGGACGUGGACGUGGACGUGGACGUGGACGUGGACGUGGACGUGGACGUGGACGUGGACGUGGACGUGGACGUGGACGUGGACGUGGACGUGGACGUGGACGUGGACGUGGACGUGGACGUGGACGUGGACGUGGACGUGGACGUGGACGUGGACGUGGACGUGGACGUGGACGUGGACGUGGACGUGGACGUGGACGUGGACGUGGACGUGGACGUGGACGUGGACGUGGACGUGGACGUGGACGUGGACGUGGACGUGGACGUGGACGGACGUGGACGUGGACGUGGACGUGGACGUGGACGUGGACGUGGACGUGGACGUGGACGUGGACGUGGACGUGGACGUGGACGUGGACGUGGACGUGGACGUGGACGUGGACGUGGACGUGGACGUGGACGUGGACGUGGACGUGGACGUGGACGUGGACGUGGACGUGGACGUGGACGUGGACGUGGACGUGGACGUGGACGUGGACGUGGACGUGGACGUGGACGUGGACGUGGACGUGGACGUGGACGUGGACGUGGACGUGGACGUGGACGUGGACGUGGACGUGGACGUGGACGUGGACGUGGACGUGGACGUGGACGUGGACGUGGACGUGGACGUGGACGUGGACGUGGACGUGGACGUGGACGUGGACGUGGACGUGGACGUGGACGUGGACGUGGACGUGGACGUGGACGUGGACGGACGUGGACGUGGACGUGGACGUGGACGUGGACGUGGACGUGGACGUGGACGUGGACGUGGACGUGGACGUGGACGUGGACGUGGACGUGGACGUGGACGUGGACGUGGACGUGGACGUGGACGUGGACGUGGACGUGGACGUGGACGUGGACGUGGACGUGGACGUGGACGUGGACGUGGACGUGGACGUGGACGUGGACGUGGACGUGGACGUGGACGUGGACGUGGACGUGGACGUGGACGUGGACGUGGACGUGGACGUGGACGUGGACGUGGACGUGGACGUGGACGUGGACGUGGACGUGGACGUGGACGUGGACGUGGACGUGGACGUGGACGUGGACGUGGACGUGGACGUGGACGUGGACGUGGACGUGGACGUGGACGUGGACGUGGACGUGGACGUGGACGUGGACGUGGACGUGGACGUGGACGUGGACGUGGACGUGGACGUGGACGUGGACGUGGACGUGGACGUGGACGUGGACGUGGACGUGGACGUGGACGUGGACGUGGACGUGGACGUGGACGUGGACGUGGACGUGGACGUGGACGUGGACGUGGACGUGGACGUGGACGUGGACGUGGACGUGGACGUGGACGUGGACGUGGACGUGGACGUGGACGUGGACGUGGACGUGGACGUGGACGUGGACGUGGACGUGGACGUGGACGUGGACGUGGACGUGGACGUGGACGUGGACGUGGACGUGGACGUGGACGUGGACGUGGACGUGGACGUGGACGUGGACGUGGACGUGGACGUGGACGUGGACGUGGACGUGGACGUGGACGUGGACGUGGACGUGGACGUGGACGUGGACGUGGACGUGGACGUGGACGUGGACGUGGACGUGGACGUGGACGUGGACGUGGACGUGGACGUGGACGUGGACGUGGACGUGGACGUGGACGUGGACGUGGACGUGGACGUGGACGUGGACGUGGACGUGGACGUGGACGUGGACGUGGACGUGGACGUGGACGUGGACGUGGACGUGGACGUGGACGUGGACGUGGACGUGGACGUGGACGUGGACGUGGACGUGGACGUGGACGUGGACGUGGACGUGGACGUGGAGGACGUGGACGUGGACGUGGACGUGGACGUGGACGUGGACGUGGACGUGGACGUGGACGUGGACGUGGACGUGGACGUGGACGUGGACGUGGACGUGGACGUGGACGUGGACGUGGACGUGGACGUGGACGUGGACGUGGACGUGGACGUGACGUGGACGUGGACGUGGACGUGGACGUGGACGUGGACGUGGACGUGGACGUGGACGUGGACGUGGACGUGGACGUGGACGUGA